AUAGUUUGACCUUAAUUUUAUCCAACCUCACUUAUCAGUGAGGAUUAGACGGUGAUUAGAAGUUAGUGCCGCCAAAUCCAUCGCAAGACGUAAAAGUGCGGCCCAUGUGUCGUGUGUGAGUGCCCCACGAUGUACUCGCGCUACCUAAUGUCGCAGGCGAAGCACAACUCGUACUUCCUGGUGGGGCUGGCGCUGGGGCUGUGGGUGGCGCUGGUGGUGGUGCCGCUGGAGGAGCAGCCGGCGUGCGCGCCGCCGCCCCCGGCCGACGACGGCUUCGAGCCCGUGCGCGUGGAGCGGCCGGCGGCGGCGGCGGCGGCGGCGGCGGCGGGUCGGACCGUGCAGAGACCGCGCUACUACAGCACGGAGCUGGGCAUGCGCGCGCCGCUGCUGGGCGCCGUGCUGUCGGCCGAGGCGGCGCUGGGCUCGCGCGCCGCCGCGCUCAACCACACGGCCGCGGCGCUGCAGCCCGCGCUGCGCUUCUUCCUCACGGCGAGCGCGCGAGGGGGCGGCGCGGGGGGGGCGGGCGCGCCCUCCAACGUCGUGGGCUUCACCGACACGCGCGAGGUGCUCAAGCCCUUCCACACGCUCAAGUACCUCGCCGACAACUUCCUGGAGGAGUAUAACUACUUCUUCCUGUCGACGGACGCGGCGUUCAUCAACGCGCCGCGGCUGCAGCAGCUGGUGUCGCGCCUCUCCGUGAGCCAGGACGUGUACAUGGGGGUGCCCGCCGAGGAGGACAGCCAUUACUGCUCGCUAGAGUCAGGUGUGCUGCUGUCCCGCUCGGUGCUGGCCGCGGUGCAGGGCGCGCUGGACUGGUGCGUGCGCAAUGCAUACUCCGCGAGGCAUCAUGAGAAUGUAGGCCGCUGCGUGCUGCACGCUGCUAACGUGCCUUGCACAACUACGCUGCAGGGUGAGUCAUACAGUGCAGUGCGUCUGUCGGGCGAGUUGUCGAGCGAGUUGUCGAGCGAGCUGGCGGCCGAGCUGGCGGGCGCGGUGACCGCCGGGCCGGUCGCCGCCGCGCCCGACUACUACCAGCUGCACGCACUCGUGUCCAGGGUGCACCUGGAGCAUAUCUCCUCUGAGUCGGCCACGCUGGCGCGCGGGGUGCGUCGCCUGCGCAGCAAGCAGCCCCCGCCCGCCCGCGCCGCCUGGCCGCCCGGCCUGCGCGCCGACCCCGCCCUGCCGCCGCCGCCGCCCACCACCAGGUUCGACCACCCGCGCUGGACGCUGCUCAACGCGUCGCACGCCAUCUUCUCUGACGACCACGCCGCCGCCGCGCCGCACAGAGGACACCACAAGAAGGCACUCGAGAUGGUGCUAGAGGCGGCUCGCGCGUGGCUCCAAGCCUCGGACACGCCGGCGGAGGGGGCCCCCACGAGCGCCGAGGGGCCCCCCACGGGCGCGGAGGGGCGUCCCACGGGCGCGCUGCGGCUGGUGGAGGGCGCGCGGCUGUGGCUGCCCGCGCAGGGACUCUACUACAAACUACUUGUGCAUACUGGGGAGCGCCUGCGCCUCCUCGAGGUGGUCCGUCCCCUGGGGUCCGCCCGGCUCGUGCCCGCGCCCUACGUGACGGAGUCUGCGCGCGUGGCGGCCGUGCUGCCCGCCGGCCCGGGCGCCGCCGCCUGGCUGGCGAAGUAUAGAGUCGUGGCGGAGAGGGACAGGAAUACGGAGCUUAUUGUUGCACUAAUCCACAUGCGCGGGGUCCCCAACGAACUAGAAUCAGUGCGCGCGGCCGCCCUAGCCCUGCCCAGCCACGCCGGCGUGCGCGUCAUCGAUGUGGACGAGCCAAUCAGCGCACAGCACGCCGCCGCCGGGCCAAUCAGCGCGCAAGACCGCAUCGAGCGCGCGCGCGCCGCGGCAAUGAAGGCCGCGUCUACGAUGGUCACUAAGGAUACGUUGCUGCUAUUGGCUACUGAGGAUAUGGAGUUCAAUGAGGACUUUUUGAACAGGGUCCGCAUGAACACGCUCCCCGGCCUCCAAUGGUACUCGCCAGUCGGCUUCGCGCGCUAUUCGCAGUACGCGCUGGAGUUGCGGCGCGCGGGGCGGCGGCCCUCGGUGAACACCGGCCGCUUCAUGACGGCACGGAGCGACGUGCUGGCCGUUUAUAGGCGGGAUCUGGAUAGAGCGAUAAUGCUGAGCGGCGACAACUCGACGGCCUCCAUUCCUCAACUCCUGGCUCGCUCCUUGCGCUGCCUGCGUGCGCCCGAGCCCGCCCUCAUCCACGCGCCGCCGCCGCCGCCCUGCGCGCCGCCCGCCCUAGCCGCCCAGCUCGCCCCGCCCGCCCAGCCCGCCGCCUGUCUGCGCGAGCUGGAGCGGCGCGGCUUCAGCGACCUCAACCUGGGAGCCAAGCACUCGCUGGCCAAGCUGCUGUUGGAGACGGAGGCGGGCGUGGUGUAGCAUUUAUAAGUUAAUUAGUGGAAAUACAUAGCGUAAUAUGCUGUAGAAUAAGUUGUUGUGAUGUGAAACAAAGUGCCUUUGAAUUUGAUAAAUGGAUAAAUAAGAAUAUGCUGUAGAAGGUAAGAAUAGAAGCUACUAUUUUUCUAAAUAUAUUUAUUGACUUUUA